AAUACAGAUGUGGCCAAUGGCCCUCCACCUUGGGCCAUGUCGAAUUCGGCCCAAGCAGCCUGGAGUUCGGCCUUUGGUUUCAUGCUUUUUAUAGCAGUCGGAGGAAACGCCAUAGUUAUGUGGAUAGUUAUAGCUCAUAGACGAAUGAGGACAGUAACAAAUUAUUUUCUUGUAAAUUUGAGCCUUGCAGAUUUGCUGAUGUCUGUGCUGAAUUGUCUUUUUAAUUUUAUAUACAUGCUUAAGAGCGACUGGAUCUUCGGCGACUGGUAUUGCACAAUAAACAACUUUAUUGCAAACGUGACGGUAGCUGCGAGCAUUUUCACACUCACAGGCAUCUCAUUCGACAGGUACAUGGCCAUAGUGAGGCCUCUAGAACCAAGAAUGUCGAAAAAAUGCUCUUUAUUAGCCAUAGCUGCAAUUUGGUUUGCUGGAAUGAUUUUGGGAAUACCCUGUCUUAUGUAUUCUAGCACUGUAGUUUACAAUGAAAAAUACCAUUUAACAGCCUGUAUACUAGUUUGGCCUGAUGGAUCUUCAGAUGUCUCGAAAAUGGAUUAUAUUUAUCAGGUUGUCCUGUUUAUUGUGACUUAUCUAAUGCCUAUAGCAGGGAUGUCCAGAUGCUACUGGGCAAUGGGCAGAGAAUUGUGGGGCAGCAGGUCAAUUGGGGAACACACACAAAGACAGGCUGAUGCCAUUUGCAGAAAACGAAAGGUGGUCAGGAUGUUCGCAGCCGUCGUGGGCAUUUUUGCAGUUUGCUGGCUGCCUUAUCAGCUCUAUUUUGUCUACAUGCAUGUGGAUAAAUCGCUGAUGUACUGGCCUUAUACCCAGCAAAUGUAUUUGAGCUUCUACUGGUUAGCCAUGGGUAAUGCAAUGGUUAAUCCGAUAAUAUAUUACUGGAUGAACAACAGGUAA